GAUACACAUGAUGAAUCCUAAAUUGGGAUAUGUUGUGUGACGACGAAGCGCCACCAGAGCAAUCGGUUUGUCGCUGUCGAACCUGUGUUCUACGCAAACCCGAAGACGUUCCCUGGCCGGAGGCGUUAGAGCUAGAGGCAGAACAAAAGGCAAAAGAAGAACAGGCAGAAGAACAAAGGCUACAAGAGGAACGGCAACGGAUGCAGAAAAGGAAGUCAAAUACAUCUAAGGCACAGCAAAAUCAGCCACUGGGACAAAAGGCACUGUCACUGUCUCAGAAGGCUCUGUCACAUAAGGCACUAGCACAGCGGGCAAUACCACAGGAGUCACAGGAGAAAAGGAUUAAAAUGGAUAAACGUGAAGUCGGAACGAGAAGGACCUCUAUAAGGACCAUUGAAUCGUUGCACAGCAAUGCCACCAUGCUGGAGGCGGACCGCCAAAGUGACUUUCGUCCCAAUUCCGAAGGUAUAUCGGCGGCUUCGUCGAUAAUGGACCCGACAGGGGCUUCCCAAACGCAGCAACAGCCACAGCAACCCACAAUCCUGCUGAUUGUUGUCAACAAACCGCCAGAGAAUCAGUUCUAUCCACCUCCAGGAGCCGGGUACGGCCCAGGUCCAGCCAGAGGAGCCCCCAACUACUAUAAUCCGCCGCCUGGACCUGGAUUUGGACUUGGACGAGGACCACCUGGCUAUGGACCUGGACCAGGACCACCUGGAUAUGGACGACCACCAGGACCACCAGGGUAUGGGCCUGGUCCAAACUAUGGUCAGUAUCCUGGAUAUGGACCUGGCCCAAACUAUGGCAUGGAACGUCGUCGCAACGACGGCUACCGGGAGAAUCGUCCGUUUCAGCAACGCAGCCAUAGAGGAGACCCCCGGGAUCGGAGAGACUCAUUCCAAGGCGAUGACCGUUAUCGUCAACCUCCACCUCCACCUGCGCAAGGCUGGCGAGGGGGACCCCCUCCUCGUGGGAGGAGAAAUAGUGAAAGUUCUCGACGAACAAAUGAAGAGCGUGAAGGAGACCGUGGACAAGUAUCCAGAUGUCGAUGUGGACAGGACGGUGGAGGAAAUGAUGGAAUCUCAGAAAAUAGCAGAAACCAGAGUAAACGAUGUAUGUGCGUAAGUGACAAUGAUCGCUAUAUGCAAAGUAAUCCACCAAGUCACAGGAACUGCCAUUGCGAGGACGGCGACCGGGAGGUAUCCAGAAAAACCUUUGAAAAUAGCAACGAAAAUAGCAACAAAAAUAGCAACGAAAAUACCAACAAAAAUAGCAACGAAAAUACCAACAAAAUUCGAGACGUCGAGAAAUCCCGAGGGAAAAAUACGGAGUCAGCAUGGGUCAGCAGCAAGGUCACGUCAACGCCUCCCGACAAUCCCCUGCCGUUCAGCAAGGAAACGACCUGCUCUCACCAGAAGGAGGAGGUGAUUGUGCCAGGCAAGAAGACCUAUCGCUAUGUCACAGUUCCCGUGUGCAUCACCCAUGGCAAUGCAAAGUCUUGUGUGUGCUGCGACUGUCAUGAGGAGAACGACGAGGACGACGAAGACAAUGUGAACCGCACGUGUGAUUGCGAUCCCCAAGGACAUUGCAGCUGCCUGGCGGGUCACAGUGAAACUCAUUUGCACGAUGAGGUCCUGUGCGAGUGCGAUAUGACCAAUCUGGAGCGAACGCUGGAACACCUCAUACCCAAUACGGACUGUACGUGCUUUUUCAACGCCCCGAAGAAGAGACGCAAGAGGAAGCGCCUUGGUCCAACGGUCCGAUACGAUCGCUUUGCAAAUCCCCCCUUUGUCCUGAACCCCAGGCCGCGUUGCCUGGCGUAUAGCUGCAACACCUGCUGCUGUCCGGUGGGCAGGAGCUGCUACAACUGCGACUACAGUCAUGCUUGCUGCUGUCCAUGUUGUUGGUGAUGCUCUGGAUGCUUCUCUAGCUUCUGAAAUCAUAAAAUAAACCCAAUCAUAGGACAAAACAAAAA